CUUAAUUGUUUUCCUUGACGCUACGGUACGCGGUAUUAGAGAGACGAGGGACCCUUAACCAGCAUCCCACACCAAUGGAGGUCGCAGUCAAACCAAAGCGUUGGAAUCUCUAUUUUUUGGAAAACAUUACGGUGUUUUCCAUUUUAAUGUUACUGUUUAGCUUGGCGUCUCAGAUAAAGGCUGAUGACGGCGCUGCUAUGGAGGAACUUGCCACUGAGAAGGAGGCUGAGGAAAGUCAUCGACAGGACAGCGUGAAUUUAUUGACAUUUAUUUUAUUGCUGACUUUAACUAUCUUAACCAUAUGGCUAUUCAAACACAGAAGAGUUCGUUUUCUCCACGAAACGGGACUGGCUAUGAUAUACGGUCUGUUGGUGGGUGUGAUACUCCGAUAUGGGAUACCCUCAACCAGUUACCAUAACAAAACUCCACCCAGUUGCGCUCUGAAGGAGGGGCCAGUCAGCACACUCCUCCUCAACGUCAGUGGGAAAUUCUUCGAGUACACGUUGAAGGGAGAGAUCAACUCCCAUGAAAUCCACAAUGUGGAACAGAACGAUAUGUUACGCAAGGUGACAUUUGACCCGGAAGUAUUCUUCAACAUUUUGCUACCCCCCAUCAUUUUCCACGCUGGAUACAGCCUUAAAAAGAGACAUUUCUUCAGGAACCUGGGCUCCAUUCUGACCUAUGCUUUCCUGGGCACUGCCAUCUCUUGUUUUGUCAUCGGGAACCUGAUGUAUGGAGGUAAACUGAUGCAGGUGGUGGGUCAGCUGACGGAUAAGUUUUACUAUACUGACUGUCUUUUCUUUGGAGCCAUCAUCUCAGCUACAGACCCAGUGACAGUGCUGGCCAUCUUUAAUGAGCUGCAUGCAGAUGCAGAUCUUUAUGCGCUGCUGUUUGGAGAGAGUGUGAUGAACGACGCAGUCGCCAUUGUCCUUUAAAGCUCUAUUGUAGCAUACCAGCCCGCAGGUGUAAACACACACACGUUUGACGCUUCUGCGUUCUUCAAGUCAGUGGGCAUCUUCAUUGGCAUUUUCAGUGGCUCAUUCGCCAUGGGUGCCGUCACUGGAGUCGUCACUGCCCUCGUCACAAAGUUCACUAAGCUUCACUGUUUUCCACUGCUGGAGACAGCUCUAUUCUUCCUCAUGUCCUGGAGUACCUUCCUCUUGGCAGAGGCUUGUGGUUUCACAGGAGUGGUGGCAGUGCUUUUCUGUGGAAUCACUCAGGCUCAUUACACAUACAAUAACCUGUCAGAGGAGUCCACCAAACGCACCAAACAGCUGUUUGAGGUUUUGCAUUUCCUGGCAGAGAAUUUCAUCUUCUCUUACAUGGGCCUGGCGCUUUUCACCUUCCAGAACCACGUCUUCAGUCCCAUCUUCAUCUUAGGAGCAUUCAUUGCCAUUUUCAUCGGCCGAGCGCUAAACAUCUACCCUCUGUGCUUCCUGCUCAACCUGGGCCGCCGACACAAAAUCAGCGGAAACUUCCAGCACAUGAUGAUGUUUGCAGGUCUGCGGGGGGCGAUGGCGUUUGCUCUGGCCAUUCGGGACACAGCCACAUACGCUCGACAGAUGAUGUUCACCACCACUCUUCUCAUUGUUUUCUUCACUGUCUGGGUCUUCGGAGGAGGCACCACACCCAUGCUGUCCUGGCUACACAUCAGAGUUGGAGGGACGUCAUUGGCUGAAAAGGAGAGACUGCGUCGGCUGUGGGAUUACGUCAGGGUUGGCGUGGACCCAGAUCAGGAUUUGGAGCAAUGUGGAGACAGCUUCCAAGUCUUACAAGGAGACAGCAGUGGGUCAGAAGGGCAGAGUAAGACCCAGCAGGAGAGCGCCUGGCUCUUCAGACUGUGGUACACCUUUGACCACAACUACCUGAAGCCCACCCUGACUCACAGUGGACCCCCCCUCACCACCACGCUACCAGCCUGCUGUGGUCCUCUGGCACGCUGCCUCACCAGCCCCCAGGCGUACGAGAACCAAGAACAGCUGAGAGAGACGGACUCUGACCUCAUUCUUAACGACGGCGACCUGACUCUGACCUACGGUGACACAGCCAUCACGGCUAACGGCGCUGGAGCCUCUGGACGGGAGACCGCGGCUGGUGGCUGGGCCGUUAACGGCAAACGCAGCGGCAGCACCUCGGAAGAGGCUCUAGAACGGGAACUGGACAUGCGUGAGCAGGAAGUCAUGACACGAGGAACACGUCUGGUUUUCCCCAUCGAAGAUCACGCCUGAUCACGCCCCUGACCCUGCCCCCAAACCCCAAACCCCGAUCAACCACUCCCAUCCACCCUUCUGUUGCUACAUCCCACCUCACCCUCUACACACAUUAUACAAGGGUGGAGGAAUGAAAGGAUGGAGAGAGUGAGCAUGGGUUCCUGUGAAACCAGAUACAAGAAAAGCCAUUUCAUCCUCAUUUCUGCACGUCAUUGGUGGUGGCGAUGGUAGUGAUUGUCUGGAUACCUGGUGUCCUCAGACAGAGGUUCUGCCAUCCCUUGCUGUGAUACUGUACUUUACUGUUUCCCUGUAUAUUUUUUUUUUCUUUUUUUUUCCCUUUGUGAGAGGAAGCUCUGCUCAGCAGAGGAACAACAGAAAGUUUCUGUGUGCUGACUGAGUGGGGUUUCAGGCCAACGCUGAGCUCCAAGCUCGCGUUCCGGAGUUCUGUGUUUCAGAAUUCUGUGUCUAGGGAUUCUGAGUUCCAGAAGCUCAUCAAAACACUGUGCUCUAGUGAAUUGCAGUUCCAGAUGUGAUGGUGUAUCAAUUAACGUCCCGGGCAGAGUUACAGGUCUGCUAAGAGAAAAUGAAAGACAAGUGAGAAACAUAAGCAUAUGCUAACGCACAUUCUGCUCACUGGACCAUUCCACCACAAAGGGAAUGUACAGUAUACCAAAAGUAGAACUUUGUGGUUACAUGUGGUAAUUAUUCUCUGUUUAAACUGGCUUAGAGUUUUUCUGGCACCCAAAACGUUUUCCAAACUCUGUAUUUAAUCUCACACACAGAGAUGACUUUAGCAUGAAGAAAUGGAUGCUGUGUAAACGAUAUCUCCUGCUAAAUGCAAAUGAGCAAUACAGGACAGGGAAGUAUGUCAGUUUGUCACGGCCCUGUACGCGUCAUCUGGCCUGACGGCGAAUCCUACCUUAACACAAUGGUCUACAUUCUGUCUUCAAAUUGAUAGGAUCUUAUUUUGAAUCAGUCUGCUCUUUCUGCAAAUCAGCUUUGAGUUGGAUACUCCUCUGUUUCUUAUUUCGGUUUGUUUUUUUUACUUAUAUAUCCUUGCUGCGGUUUCAGCCAGCGUGAAAACCACGGUCCAUAGCUGAACACUGUGAAUACAGCAUAACUGGAGCAUCACAUGACAAACCACCCUGCAUAUUCAGUCAAUAACAACUCACGGUAACAGAAAUCCAUUUUAAAGAUAACCUUCAGGAUCUGUGCAUGCAUGCAUGUGUGUGCGUGUGUGUGUGCGUGUAACCCGUGCUGUCAGAGGAAAGGUCAGCGUAGGCUUGACUCCAGUCAAUGCUACGGCUAUAAUGAUGUGUUUAAGACUUUGUGUGGCUCAAGUCUACUGCCCCUACUGUGUAGUAAUGAGAUCUCCCCCGUUGCCUGUCACACUACCACAUCUGCGCUCACACACACACACACACACACACACACACACACACACAGAUACAAUGAUACAAUAGAACGCAAUAGAUCAAUUCUGUAGCUAUGGCUGUGCCUUCUGUCUGAGGGAUGAGCAUAUCUGAUGAGUGUAUUCAAGGACACUGAACACAUAAGAACUGAAGAAAGUUGCGGCACAUUGGAUACUCUAAAGAUCAACUUUGUGGCCCCACGUUUCAUCCAUUCCUCAGUACGCCCUUCUCUCUAUCCCUGCGCCCAGUCCAUCUUUUACUAGACAGAUUGCUAACCCUCCUUUUUGUAAAUAUUUGCGACCCACUGAGUUUGGUUUCCCAGUGGGGGAGUUCUGCAGCUGUGUGUGGCAUAUAUAAGCACUUUAUCUGCUGAGUGAGGCUGCAUGUGCUGGAUAGAUGGAUAUGAAUGUGGGGGGGCUGAUCUUAUCUCUUCAGUAGGGUAAUACCUCACUGAGUCUGAACAUGUGCCGUCGCCAUGGUGUGUGUGUAACGUGUGUCUAUAUACUUAACCUUCGCAAAGUGUGCUGGGGUUAGCCUACAUAUGUAUGAGUUCCAGCCCAGGUCCAAGUUGGAGCAAGAGGUUAACAGACACCAUGAAAGCUGCGAUUGUUCGUCAAGAGUGUGUCAUUUGAGAUGUAUAUAAGGGAGUCGUAGGCUUUACUUGUUUUUCCAAAUCUGCCGCUGGUGACUGGGUAAUUUUAUCCACUCCACUCUUGCUUGGCCUGCCCUAUUAGCAUCUGGGCUAACGUAGCGUUUGGCUGUGAAGUUGUUGCCCCAAAUUUGCCGUGAAAACUGGCGUGAAUGUGCAGCUAGCGCUAAUGUAAAGACUUUUUUUUAAACAGCCUCAACCCAGAGAGACACCUGUGACUACACUCCACGGACUUUGGCAAUGUGACUCUACAACUCUCCUUUUACUCCUUGGUGCGAAACGCCUCAGAAACAUCAUCUCAACACUAACUGGGGUUCGCCCCUCAGCUGCACAUAGGGGGGAACUCCCCCCCCAAAACAAAACAGAGAAAAAAAACUGAAAACUCCCUUAUGCUUACAGUAAUAUUGAGACAAGUUGAGAUUCUCCGCAUGGCUUGAGUAACUGAUUAAACUAGAGCAGAUUUAAACAGCAAUUUGUAUGGGUCCAAUGUGACACUGUUUUAAGCCACCUAUAAGUAAGACGGAACAACGUGGGAAGGGAAAGCACGUUUUUGGCCAGUAAACUGCACUUUGGAACUUCAAAUGCCAUCGAUGUCCUGGGACAGAAUUUGUUAACUUGCAACUGAGGGAGAAGUGAAUAGUCGUGGCAUUUAGAAAAGGACUUUACUCUGUAGGACGGAGCUCGCUCUGACUAACACUUUCCGGGAGCUGGACUGACUCCGCCCCCCCCUGAUAUUAAGCAGGACUUGUAAAUAUGGCGAGGAAUGCCCAAGCUCUGUCGUAGCAAUCCAGUUUACCUGCUAUAUUCUGCAUGUCGGUAUCUGUCUGUAUGGUCUGUUUAUCAGACUGCGAUUUUGAGAAUGUGUGAUGUAUCUAUGGCGACAAUGCUCUACAACGAUCCUCAUAUAAUAAUACACAUAGAAAUACAUUCAGCCUGACUACCGUAAUACAUAACAAAUCUGUGGUAUGCAUCAAGUAUGAAAAUUGUGCAUUUCAAGAAAAUACUCAAUGUACC